AUGGUUCAAUACAAGUUUACUUACGGUAAGGCUCGUGGCCUUGGUGAGCCAGUUAGAUUGUUGUUGCACUACGCUGGAGUACCAUUUGAAGAUGAACGCAUUGAAUUUGGACAAGUUCAGGAAAUGCGUGACGGUACGUUUACCUUUAUUGUGCUGCAAUGUAAAAGUUGAAGUUCGUUAUUUCUUCUUGUUGUAAUAGACAAACGAAAAGUUACUUUUGAUCAAAACUUCUUUUACAGAACUUCCUUUCGGCCAAAUCCCUUUGUUGACCAUUGACGGGGCUUACAAAAUCAGCCAAAGUCGGGCCAUUCUUCGUUACUUAGCUCGCAAGUACAACUUAACCGGUAAAGACGAAAUCGAAGAAGCCAAAGUUGACAGUUACCUCGACUUUCUGGAUGAUUUAGCCAACAAUGUUCGUCCGUACAUCAUGGCAUUGAGAGGAAAUGGCGAAGACAAGGACAAGAAGUACGAAGCUGCCAAGACCUAUAUUGAGACAAAAUGGGAAAAGUUCUUCAACAAGACAGUGGAUGCUUCUGGCAGUGGAUUCAUAUCAAAUUCUGGUCUUACUUAUCCUGAUUUUGUGUUUGCUUGCUUCUAUGAGACUGCUACCAAGAUCAACUUUGAACCGAUUAUCAAUAUGAAGAACUUCAAGCUGAUUCAUGACAAUGUCAAGUCUCUGCCUCAACUCAAAGAAUACUUGUCUAGCCGCCCAGACUCACAAUUUUAA